AUGAUCAUUCAACAGAACAACACACUUGCAUGUAAUCCUCCAAGAGUUGGAAAUUGCAACAUCUUUCCACCAGAGGAUGAAUGGAAUCGUGACAUUAGCAACGAUCCAGUCGAUUUUAUGAGUGAUUGUUACUUGACUAAACAACCUGGUAAUUUAAAAGCAGAUUUCAGUGAAGCUUAUUACGACUCGACGUAUGGUGUGAUGGUUCGAGCAGGAAUUCCAUUUGUUCAUGUGAAGGGAAAUUCAAUUCCAUGGACCAGUGUUCAAUUUGAUCCAAAUGGAUAUCCCGAUGAAUCGGAUUUUACUUCAGCUCCCAUUCCUCUAUCUGCUCCCAUUGAAUUUCCAAAUGACACAACCAAAUAUGGCUAUGGUGACAUGUGUUGGCUCUCGAUACAGAUAAUUGUAAACUCUACGAAAUGUACUAUUCCUAUGUGA